CGUCCCGCCCUUCCCCAUCCGCCCAUCCUUCGGCCCAUCUUUUUGCUCGGCACCCCCCUCCCACCUUUCGCCUCUGGGUUCUUCCCCCUUCUCGGCGCUGUUGGACCGGGUAUCAAGUCAAAGGCCCGGACGAACAACUCAUCGUCCCAUCUUCAUCCGCUUCGCUUCUGCCCAAUUACCACGCAGUUCCGUCCCCCCUCCUGCUCUCGCCGUCACUCGAACUGGCAUCGGACAGAGUUUGACAAAAGCCGGGAAGCCAGAGCCGAACAUAGGCAAAGAAGGAGCACAUUGUUGCAAACAAUAUACCACAGACUGUGGACGAGACAGCCGGUCCACGGCGCACCCAGCAGCAUACAUACAAGACUGUUUCGGCGAGCCAGCGUCCAAUCCAGUCUACGAGUAGUCUUCUCUCCCCUCCUUGCUUUACCUUGGAGCAGCUACUGCAGCUCGAUCGAGUUUGUCCCGCUCCAUACACAAGGUCCGACCGAAGGAGAGAAGCACCACUGCUUCGAAGCUCCCGCCCCAACCGAACCCUGGUCUCUGAUGAUCGCCGCCAAGACCCACCAUCAGUCAUUUACUUCACGCAGUUGA